AGUAUCUAUCGAAUAAAGAAAGGUUCAAAGACAGAUGUCAAUGAUGCACAGCUCACAGUAGAUGAGGUCGUGGAUCGAAUAUUAGUGGCUGUCGACAGUGAUGGAGAUGGUCAUAUUAACAUGGAGGAGUUCAUAAGAGGUGCACAGCAGGACCCCUGGGUGCUCAACAUGUUGAAGCUGGACAUGAACCCUGCUGGAUGGGUGCUGGAGCAGCGGAGAAGGAGCGCACACUUCUGA